AUCAUAAAGGACGCUGUGGCCGUGCGUGCGUGGACCGCCGCGCGAGGUGUCCAUAGCGACGACAGGGGUCCGCGAGCCGGAGCAUCAGCAGCACGUGGACGAUUAUCAAUAUACAAUAAUUAAUAAACGAACAAGCAAAGAUACUGAGGCGAUUAUUACAUCCGGGGAUUUUUGGGGGCUUCUAGAAUCCGGAGAUACAGCAGGCUGCUGAGAGUGACUCCUGUUGAGAGUCAUGAUCCAGAGGUCCACUAAUGGCUGGACUCAGCUGACCCUGACCCUUGUCCUGACCCUGGAGCUGGUUCUGCUGCAGAGCCCGUCGGGGGUCAGAGGUCAAACCCAGGUCUCCCCGGCCCUGAUCCUGCAGGACCUGCUGAGCCGAUAUGGAGAGAACGGCACCAUCUCCGUCCCUCAGCUGCGGACGCUCCUCAUGCACCUCAACACCCAGAACGAGACUGAGACACCGGCUCCGCCCUCCCGCACCAACACCUCCACGUGCUUGGCUGCAGGUACGCUGGCGGUUCAUGGGUUAAGUGAACAGUCCCGUUUGGAUGGGCGUGGCCUGCAGGAGUUCUGUCCCACAAUGCUGCAGCAGCUGGAUACCCGAGCCUGCCGAGCCCAGCAGGACCAGGAACCGGACUCCAGCCCCCGACCCACCUACGCUGAGGUGUGGGGUUUCGCGUUUUUGAGCGUGACGGUGGUCAGUCUGUUUGCUCUGACCGGUGUGUUCGUGGUGCCGCUGAUGAGGACCAGGUUCAUGCGCAGAGUCCUCGUCUUUUUCAUCGCUCUGUCCAUCGGAACGCUGUUCUCCACCGCUGUCUUCCAGCUGCUGCCAGAGGCGUUUGGGUUUGACCCUUUGGAGGCGUACUAUGUCUCUAAAUCUGCGGUGGUUUUUGGAGGUUUCUACCUCUUCUUCUUUACUGAGAAAGUCCUCAAGAUGAUCCUCAAACCCAAAAACAAGGGAGGUCAUGGUCAUAGUCACUUCCCGGCGGAGCAGUACAGUAACGGUGAUGUGGAGGAUGGAGUGAUGGAGAAGCUGCAGAACGGAGAGGCGGGUGGAGGCGUGUCUUUACCGCGGGUGGAUGGAGAGAUCAGGGGCGUCGCGGAGGAAGACAAAAUGCUGAGCACCCCGCAGCAGACGGUACAGGACUCUCAGAGCGCUGGUGGUGGUGGUGGGGGUACUGGUGGGUGUUACUGGUUGAAGGGACGCUCGUACUCUGAUAUUGGGACCCUGGCGUGGAUGAUCACUCUGAGUGACGGGCUGCACAACUUUAUCGACGGUCUCGCCAUCGGAGCGUCCUUCACCGCCUCCGUCUUCCAGGGCAUCAGCACCUCAGUCGCCAUCCUGUGUGAGGAGUUCCCUCACGAACUGGGCGACUUCGUGAUCCUGCUGAACGCUGGGAUGAGCAUCCAGCAGGCCCUGUUCUUCAACUUCCUCUCAGCCUGCUGCUGCUACCUGGGAAUGGCAUUCGGAAUUCUGGCCGGGAAUCAGUUCUCCCCAAACUGGAUCUUUGCCCUGGCCGGGGGGAUGUUCCUCUACAUCGCGCUGGCAGACAUGUUCCCGGAGAUGAACGAGGUGAGCCGGGAGGAGGAAGAGGCCGGAGGGAGCGGCUCUUUCGUCACCUUCAUCAUCCAGAACGCUGGCCUGCUGACGGGAUUCAGCAUCAUGCUGCUCCUGACCGUCUACUCAGGACAGAUCCAGCUGGGAUAGCGGCGGAUCGGGACUAAACCCGGUUCCUGCUGGACUAAACUGAACAUUUGAACCCCCCGGCCUGUAGGGGGCGCACCCAAAGAGUCGAGAGCGGCGGACUCGUGCGUCAGCUCUGAGUUAAAACUGAACUGUGCAGUUUUUGUUUUUGGAAAAAGACAAACUGGACCAGCUGGACUCGGUCUGGACCAAAACCUGGAACACAAACCGGCGAUUCGAACCAGUCCAGGAGCAGAGUACUAACCCUGGACUGGACCUGACUGGAACCCAGUCUAAAUGAGCCAGUUGACGUGCAGCAGACGGAUCAAACUGACCUGGAAUAUGCAUCUGCUUUAUUUUACUUCCGUUGUUCUACCAAAUCUUCCUUCGUUUGCUUUCUUUCUUCCUUUUUUUCCCCGUCUUUAUUCCGUACAGUGGCCUUGCCUGUCUUGUCAUCAUAAUUAUCAUUAAUACAAAAGGAUGUUGUUUGUGUACGUGGCGUUGUGUCUAAGCUUUUAAACUCAUAAACUCAUAAACUUAUUUGAUUUUUUCACACCUGUUACCCCAAACCUCCACUCGUUACGUCUCGUUAAGUCUCAUUAUGUCUCGUUACGUCUCAUUCCAUCUCAUUCGGUCUCUCUGUGUCACAUUAUGUCUCAUCUCAUUCUAUCUCAUGUCUGGUUCAGUCUCAUUAUGUCUUACACGUCUCUUUAUGUCUCAUUACAUCUCGUUACAUCUCAUUCUGUCUCGCCUUGUUACAGGAUACACUGCGGUGCUACAUUGGAGUCCAUUGAAGAUGUGGUCAAAUAUGUGUUUUGGUGAAUUAAGGGUAGAGGAUCUUAACUUAGUUUUACAACAUAAUGUUGUGGAACAUUUAUAUAACUGUCGUAUUAAAAGUAAUUGCAGUCUGAGUUAGGUACUGCUGUCAACACUGAUCAUAAAGUAGAACAACAGUCUACAGCAGCCUAUUCAAUCUUUUUACAGCUGUUUACAGUUAGCAUAGCUUUCUAGCUACAUUUCAAACACAAAACACACAUAUAUUGGAGUGUUGUGGCGCUCCAUAUACUGUAGUUUAUAGCUACUCUGUGCAGGAAAAACAAUCGGUGUAUCAUUUAUUCUUUUGAAUACAACAUAUCGUAAUAUUAUGACUUUAUUCUCAUAAUAUUACGACUUUAUUCUCAUAAUAUUACAACUUUGUUCUCAAAGUGAACUGUUUCUAUUUCGGCCUAAAUAAAAAUUACGACUUUAUUCUCAAAGUAAACUGUUUUACUUCGGGCUAAAUAAAAACAGUUCACUUCGCGAAUAAAGACGUAAUAUUGUGAGGUUAAAGUCGUAAUAUUACAAGAUUAAGGUCGUUAAAUAUUACUAGAGAAAAAUGUAGUUCUAACUGCUUUGUAGUGCAAGGAGCAUUUUACACUCAUGGCCAGUUACAGGGCUGCUGUGAUUAUCAUCAGUUAUCUACAUUUAUAACCUGCUGCUUAUUAUAAUGCCCUGUUGUUACAGUUAGAGAUAAUACAGUGUCCACAUUUGGACGUGGUAACGUCGCAACCAGUUACCUAGCCAUCGGCUCCCUGCCGCGAGACACCUCCCAAGUCGGGAGAGCUUGUGUUACUUCAGGGGUUUUCGCUUCAUUUUAGUUUGGUUUUUGAGACCAAAGGAACAUAAAUGCAGUCAAUUCCAGUCAUGAAUAAAGGAAAUAAUAAACCUUUUUACUGAUGAAGGAUGACGGUCUGUGUGUUACUGCUGUUAUCAUUUAAGGUGGAAUGGAAAUCCGAAUAAGACGCUGAUGAAAAAUCUAAAUCUUUUUAUCUGUUUUUUUUGUGGGGUUUUUUCUUCCCAAAUAAAAAACCAGAAAAUACAGAUUUUUCAAUUUUGAUUUUCAGUUCAAUUUUAAAUGAACGAACGAUACACGGAUUGGAAACUAUCACCAGAAAUCAUUGCACCAGACUCGUGCAGCUAUUUUCACUGGAGCUUUUUUUUAGUUUGGCGAAUUCAACCACAGACGCAGCGCCCCUUUUUAAUUGGACUGUAUAAGGGUGUUGAUCUGAUUGUGUUUUGUGUAAAAAUUUGUAAUCUACGUUAGUAUCUAGACAGUAAAUCAGGUUAAAUAGGCUGUUGAAAUGUUGGGUUAGCAUUGCUAGCUACUUUUUAGCUAGUGUCCACAGCAGUAGCUACUUCAGACUGCGUCUACUGUACUUCCAACUGACUGAAUGUUCUAAUAUUCUACCUGGUUAAGGUGGAUUCUGUUCCGUGUGUAAUAUUCUAAUAUUCCAUUAACUCAGUAAAUCUACUGUACUGUUAGUAAUAGCUGCUGCUGUCCGCUAAAAUACUUAUACUAGCUAAACUCAAGCCGUAACUUAUUAAUAUAGAGAUACAGUAUUUGUGACAUUGCAUCAUCUGUGCAACAUGCAUAUAAGCUAGUGCUUUAGCUUUAGCCUUUAGCUUUAGCCCCAAGCUAAUGUCAUACCUGUACAGGUGUUUGAUUUUAGUGUGCAUCUGUUUUGUUUUAAUGCCCAAAACACAAAUACAACAAUCCAAAACUGAACUGAAACUCUAUAUUAUACUCUAAACUAAAAAGUGCAAAACACUGUUCUUUAUGAGUUAUGCAUUUUUAUCAUUUUUUUAUUGUGUAUAAUUGGUGUUUUUUUUAAAUACUGUACUUCAGAAAGAAAGCACAGGUUGACGUCUAGAAGACCAAAUAUCUGCCCUUUAUUUUUUCCUUUUUAACUACUUUUAACAAGUUUUUAUUCAGUUUUUUUGUGUGUUUUUUUUGUGAUUUCUUUUAAUGUCUGUCUUUCCAGUUGUUGUGAAGGGCGACUCCAUCCAAUUUCUCCAAUCCCAAAAUUCUCUGUAUAAAAUUCUCACUGUAAAAACUCACUGUAAAUACAACUUGGAUUUAUUCAUUUAUUAAUACAGUAAUCUGUUUUAUAUGGAAUUCUUGUGUUAUAUGGUAAAAUUGUGGCAAAACUGCAGUAUUUUCUUUGUGGACUAUUUUUUUGCCGCACCACACCUUGCAGCAUGAUAUAUCCUUCCACUGUUUUAACUCUAUGCAAUUUUAACUGUUAUGUUCAACUUCAGAAGAACAUUGAUAAUAUUCCUGGGUCAAAUUUACACGUUUAAAUAUAUUUAGCUCAAUUUACAUAAAUAUAAUCAGUCAAUCCAUUUUUUUUUAAAUAAAAUUUCCACCCCAUUGAUUACAGAUCAGUGUUCACCUAUGAUAAAAAAAGUCAAUAAUUCACAAACUAACAAACAAAUAUUAUACAUAAAUAAGUAAACAGAUUUUAAAUUUUUUAUAUAUAUUUUUUAUUAUUUAAUUAGGUUUUGGUUGCAAAUUUGACGUCAAAAAAUGUCAAAUAUGCCAUAUGUCAAAUAUUGGCAAUGGUUGCAACCAUUAUAUAAAUUAUAACUCAUAUAUGUCAUAAUUAAGU